AUGCGAAAGUGGUAUACUAUGCACUUCUUUGGAAUACUCAAUAUUUUCUUCGGCGUCUUGUCGCUCACUGCGGCCUCAUCCGCCGAGAACUCUACUAGUGAUCUUGUGCUGGACCUUAACACUCAGGCGAUAUCUGCACUGAAGGAUGUUGAGGCACAACUCCAUAGACGAUCCGGCCCCAAGAAGUGCACAAUUUUCAAUGCCUUCAUACGCCGUGAUUGGAGAGCCCUUUCCAAGAGAGAGAGACGCGCUUUCAUUGACGCUGUGUUGUGCCUCCGCAAGAAACCCUCCAAGGCUGAUCCGGCUUUUGCACCUGGUGCCCGCACAAGAUACGAUGAUUUUGUAGCUGUCCACAUCAACCAGACUCUGAGCAUCCACGGAACAGGCAAUUUCUUCACCUGGCAUCGAUAUUUUACUUGGGCCUUUGAACAGGCUCUCCGAAAUGAGUGCGGAUACAAGGGCACUCAGCCAUACUGGAAUUGGUUCGAGACUGGCGACUUUGCCAACAAUCCUAUCUUUGACGGUUCCGAGACCAGUAUGAGCGGCGAUGGCAAGUACGUCCGGCACGACGGUACUCUUUCCGGCAUGCAGAACAUCUUCAUUCCCAGCGGUAACGGUGGCGGCUGUCUCAAGGAUGGUCCCUUCCUUGGCGCUGUCGCCAACCUCGGUCCCCCUUCUCCUGGUAUGGAUGGAAUGGAAGCCACCUCGACUCCUCUUGGAUACAACCCCCGCUGUCUCCGUCGCGAUCUAAGCCACUACGCCAUUGAUCAGUGGAUGACUCUGCCCAACCUAUGGAACAUUACCCUCGGCAAAGCUUCGCAGAGCAUCAAGUCCAUGCAGGACGAGUUUCAGGGCCGAUUUGCUGAUGAAUUCUUGGGUAUCCACGCCGCCGGUCAUUUUGUCAUGGGCGGCGACUCAUCCGAUCUCUUUUCCUCACCAAAUGAUCCUAUCUUCUUCCUCCACCACUCCAUGGUCGACCGCAUCUACUGGAUCUGGCAGGCUCUCCACCCCAAGCAGUCUCAAGACAUUGCUGGUACUAUCACUAUCCUGAACCAGCCUCCCAGUAGAGACGCCGUCAAAUCUGAUCCCCUCAACAUGGGAGUUAAUGCCGACGAGAUCACCAUCGAUGACGCACUAGAUACCCUUGGAGGCUCUCCCUUCUGUUACUUCUAUCUGUAG